CCACCGUCCUUCUCUUUUAGGGCAAUGCAGUCCACUGCAAGGUGGAACGCGCCAAGCAGCCACCAUAUCCUCCUCACUGGAAUUCUCGCCACAGGCACCGCCGCCAUCUCCAGCAAGCGCCUAAAGCUUCACGUUGUCGCCUCCCAAGCGCCAGCUUCUCCUUCCUCGCAAGCCAUGGAUUCUCCACAUAGACCUCAAGCCAUGGAUUCUCCACAGAGACGUCAGGAGUCUGGCAAAUUGGCAGGCUCAGUGGUCGCGCUUGGGAAGUUCGAUGCCUUACACAUUGGCCACCGAUCUCUGGCCGAGCAAGCUUCACGAAUGGGGCCUCCGGUUGUUCUCUCUUUCACGGGAAUGGGAGAAAUCCUUGGCUGGGACAAGAGGUAACUUGUUGCUGGAAAUUCUUGUUGG